UACAUGACUUGCUGAAAAGAAAGAAAAUGCUAUGCUGGGGAUACUCAUCUUUUGGACAACCUGGAAUAGGUAGCAACCUCCAGGUCAUCAUUCCUGAACCACAAGUUUAUGGAUUCAUUCAUGACCAAAAUGUCAAGGAGGUGGCAUGUGGAGGAAACCACUCUGUGUUCCUGUUGGAAGAUGGGGAAGUAUAUACCUGUGGCUUGAACACCAAAGGCCAGCUGGGACAUGACUGUGAAGGAAGCAAGCCAGAACAAAUUGGAGCCCUGGCUGGGCAGCACAUCGUGCAUGUGGCCUGCGGAGAGUCUCACAGCGUGGCGCUCAGUGACCAGGGCCAGCUCUUCUCCUGGGGUGCUGGCAGUGAUGGACAGUUGGGCCUCACCACUAUAGAAGAUGCAGUGACAGUACCAAGGUUGAUAAAGAAAUUAAAUCAACAGACAAUACUGCAGGUUUCUUGUGGAAAUUGGCAUUGUCUGGCUUUGGCAGCAGAUGGCCAGUUCUUCACCUGGGGGCAGAACAACUAUGGUCAGCUGGGCUUGGGUAAAGAAUGUCCCUCCCAAGCCAGUCCACAACGUGUCAAGUCUCUUGAUGGGAUCCCUUUGGCUCAGGUUGCUGCAGGUGGAGCCCACAGCUUUGCCCUCUCUCUCUCAGGAGCUGUUUUUGGCUGGGGGAAAAACAGCUCAGGACAGCUGGGACUAAGUGAUGAACGAGACCGAGAAUCCCCUUGUCAUGUGAAGCUGUUGCGGUCUCAGAAGGUUGUGUACAUCAGCUGUGGAGAGGAACACACAGCAGUUCUGACAAAGAGUGGAGGGGUGUUCACGUUCGGUGCAGGUUCGUGUGGGCAACUGGGACAUGACUCCAUGAAUGAUGAAGUGAACCCCCGAAGAGUUCUUGAGCUGAUGGGCAGUGAAGUGUCCCAGAUUGCUUGUGGCAGACAUCACACUUUAGCCUUCGUGCCUUCUUCAGGAAUGAUCUAUGCAUUUGGCUGUGGAACAAGAGGCCAGCUGGGAACAGGGCACACUUGCAAUGUUAAGUGUCCCUCUCCUGUCAAGGGUCACUGGGCAGCUCACAAUGGGCAACUCUCAGGGAAACCUGAUGCCUGUAAAUAUCACGUUGUUAAACAUAUAUUCUCUGGAGGAGACCAAACAUUUGUCCUUUGCUCCAAAUUUGAGAAUUCCUUGCCUGCUGAUGAUUUCCGGACCAUAAAUGAAACACGUUACACCUGUUUAAUAAAUGAUGAAACUAUAGAUGUCUGGAGGCAAAAGCUUUUAGAAAAGAACAGUUCUAAUUCUGUCAAUAAUGUUGUUCAGAUACUGUCCUCAGCUGCAUGCUGGAAUGGAAGCUUCUUGGAGAAGAAAAUUGAUGAACAUUUUAAAACCAGUCCGAAGAUCCCAGGGAUUGAUCUGAACUCCACCAGAGUGCUGUUUGAGAAGCUGAUGAACUCUCAGCACUCCAUUCUCCUAGACCAGAUACUGAAGAGCUUUGAAAGUUUUUUGAUUCCUCAGCUGUCCAGUUCACCACCAGAUGUUGAGGCAAUGAGGAUCUACCUAAUUCUCCCCGAAUUCCCACCCUUCCAAGACUCGAAGUAUUAUAUUACAUUAACUCUUCCUCUAGCAAUGGCUAUUCUGCGCCUAGAUACCAACCCGAGCAAAGUUCUAGAUAACUGGUGGUCUCAAGUGUGCCCAAGAUAUUUCCUCAGACUAGUGGACCUCUAUAAAGGUGCAGUGGUUUACCUGCUCAGUGGAAGAAAGACACUGUUGAUUCCAGUCCUGUUCAGUAGCUACAUUACAGCUGCUCUCAGACUUCUGGAGAAACUCCACAAGGUGAAUCAGAAGGUUAAACAUGUAGAAUAUGAUAAGUUUUAUAUCCCUGAGAUUUCCAGUUUGGUGGACAUUCAGGAGGAUUAUCUGGUGUGGUUCUUACAUCAGGCUGGAAUGAAAGUAAGACCAUCUAUCAUCCAGGAUGCUGUGACACUCUGUUCAUAUCCUUUCAUCUUCGAUGCUCAGGCUAAGACCAAGAUGUUACAGACAGAUGCAGAACUACAGAUGCAGGUUGCAAUAAAUGGUGCAAAUUUGCAGAACGUCUUCAUGCUUCUUACCCUGGAGCCUCUGCUGGCCAGAAGCCCUUUCCUGGUACUCCACGUUCGCAGAAGUAACUUAGUCGGUGAUGCUUUAAGGGAGUUGAGCAUUCAUUCAGACAUUGAUUUGAAAAAGCCUCUUAAAGUCAUCUUUGAUGGUGAGGAAGCUGUUGACGCUGGAGGAGUGACAAAAGAAUUUUUCCUCCUGUUGUUAAAAGAGCUCCUCAACCCCAUCUAUGGCAUGUUCACUUACUAUCCAGAGUCAAACCUGCUGUGGUUUUCAGACACGUGUUUUGUAGAACACAACUGGUUUCACUUGAUUGGCAUCAUAUGUGGUCUUGCUAUAUACAACUUCACAGUAGUAGACCUCCACUUUCCCUUGGCUCUGUACAAAAAACUCUUGAAUGUGAAGCCCUGCCUUGAGGAUUUGAAGGAGCUAUCCCCUACGGAAGGAAGGAGUCUUCAGCAACUUUUAGAUUACCCUGGGGAAGAUGUAGAAGAGACAUUCUGCUUGAAUUUUACAAUCUGCAGGGAAAGCUAUGGUGUGACAGAGCAGAAGAACCUGAUUGAAGAUGGAGAUAAAAUUAUGGUGCAGAAGGACAAUAGGGAAGAAUUUGUUGAAGCCUACGUAAAUUACAUCUUCAACCUCUCCAUCCAUGAGUGGUACACGGCCUUUUCCACUGGCUUCCUGAAAGUGUGUGGUGGGAAAGUCCUGGAACUCUUCCAGCCCACAGAGCUCAGGGCCAUGAUAGUUGGAAACAGUAACUACAACUGGGAGGAAUUGGAGGAGAGCGCUGUCUAUAAGGGAGACUACACUGCGACACACCCAACGGUGAGAAUGUUCUGGGAAACCUUUCAUGCAUUUCCCUUGGAAAAGAAGAAGAAGUUUCUCUUGUUUCUGACAGGCAGCGACCGCAUUCCCAUCUAUGGCAUGUCCAGCCUGCGCAUUGUCAUCCAGUCCACUGCCAGCGGGGAGCAGUACCUGCCCGUGGCACACACCUGCUACAACCUCCUGGACCUGCCCAAGUACAGCAGCAAGGAGGUCCUCAGUGCCCGGCUGGUGCAAGCCAUCGACCACUACGAGGGCUUUAGCUUAGCUUGA